UUUAGCCGUUCCUAUUUGUCAUAAACCUCCCUACCCUGCACUCCCUCCCCUGUUCAGCUUCGCUGCUCCCCUUUCAGUUAGCCACUGGUUUUCAUGGCAAGUGUCAGGGCUGACAAAAUCUCGUUGGACUGAGGACCUAAGAUAAGGCCUGAGAUUAGAAGAAAAUAAAGUAUUCACCAGGAGCUUUUGUUUCUCAUAAACUGUGUUGAGAAGAUCGGUGGAGUCAGUUGUACAGUGAAAUUCCAGGACGCAUGGAGAACGCACAUUCUCCAAAGGAUCCUAAGGGAGGAACUGCUUGCUUGAUCUGCCUGAAGCCCUGUCAAAACCCAACCACCCAAACUUGUGGGCACAAUUUUUGUCAAGCGUGUUCAAGCCAAUCCUGGGAGGAAGCAUUAUUGGAGAGAACUGACUGCUCUAUUUGCCAGGAUUUUUUCUUGAAAAAUAAACCUGGCUCAAAAGAACCAGUUGGGAAAAUGGAAGGAACUACCAGGUUGACAACCGUAGACAAAACAAAAAAGGUGGAUCAGAGUCUCUGUGAGAUACACAAGGAAGUCCUAAAUCUCUUCUGUGUGGAGGAUCAAGCCUUACUUUGUUCAGUCUGCAGAAAAUCUUGGGAUCAUACAGAGCAUACUGUGAUUCCCAGAAACCAGGAAGUCAAGACAGAACAUCAGGGGACUGGACGUCCACUCAGUGGGCAGGAGGAUAGUUUUCCCAACACAGAGCCAAAAAGUCUUCCUGUUAUUGGAUAUACAAAUGACCCAGUAGACUUUCAAGGGAAAGCAGAGACCCUUGAUGGAAAUGAGAAAGAUGACACAGAAAAACUCGUGCUGUUUGAGCAGUGGGUUGACUUCAACUUGGAAGAAAAAAAGGAGGAAGCCACACAGUCAAACUCCAAGACACAGAACUCUAUCAUAUGGAUCGUUCUGGUACUGUUCAUCAUCCAGAUUGCAGGCUUGGUCACAACCAUCUUUGUUUUUACAAAGGCUAAAGCUGACCCGGAGGGCAGAGGUGUGGUCACCAGCACCACCCCUUGUUGUCCACCUGGCUGGUUCAUGAACCAAGGGAACUGCUAUCACGUCUUGGAACUGGAAGGGUCCUGGGAGGCUGGCCAGCAACACUGUUCCUCCCUUGGGGCCUCCCUGGCUGUGAUCGGGAACUUGGAGAAACUGAAUGAUGCAGUGAGUGACAAAGACUCCUUCAAUCACUGGGUUGGCUUCCAGAGAGAAUCAGGAGAGAGGUGGAAAUGGCCUAAUGGGACUGAGUUCAACAAUCUCUUUGAAAUAGAAGGAGAUGGACGAUGUGCUUUCCUCAUUCAGGGGGCUGUUAGCAGUGCCGACUGCUCAGUCAAGAAGAAGUGGCUUUGCAGUCAGGGUGUGAAGAUAAGCCGGGACCGCUGCCGAGGGACGUGAAAUUGUAGGAGCUGGCUGCCUAUCAAGGGAACUUGUUGCAAUGCUUUCCCAUGUUACAAGCUGCCACCCUUUAUCGAUGUGUGUGUGCAGUGAUAAAUGCCCAUGUGUUACCAACCCAAAUGACCAACCUCAUACCCUUCAUGGUAGCAUCUCCUUGCCAAAGAUUGGGGACUCGAGUAUCCUCAAUUUAUGAGCAUGAGAUUAAAAAAAAUCUUUUGUGGUAUGGUUGUAAGAGCUUGUAGACUGGAUAUAAGACUGAUGGCAAGGUGGAAAAACCACCUCUCUUUGAGGCUUUUGAGCUGCAAUCCUAAAUGCACUUCCUUGGGAGCAAGUUCUAUUGAGUAGGAGUAACUUGUAUAGGAUUAUUUUGACUGUGUGUAAAAAAAUUUGUGUGAUAUCUCUUAGAUGAACUGAGAAUAUCUUGUAAUGGAAUUCACCAUCUCAGCUUUCCUUUGAGAUUACAAGAUGCAAAGUUCCUAGUCUUCAGAAAUGUGAAAGGACUCCUUCAGAAAAGAACAAAGCCCAGUAGCUGGAAGGAUCAAAAUCAUACAAUGACUGAAAUAUGUCUCAAGCCUCCUCUGUUGUAAAAAAAAUCUCAUGAUUUUAGAUCAUAGUACAGUCUUCCCACCCUAACCAUGGAUUUUUUAUCCACAAAGUCAAUCAGCCAUGGCUUGAAAAUAUUAGAAACAAGGAUAAACUCCCAAAAGCAAACCUUAAUUUUGCCAUUUUAUAUAAGGCAACCUAUUUUAUUAUGCCAUUGCAUUUAAUGGGACUUUAGUAUCCAUGGGUUUUGGCAUCCAUGGCAGUUCUUGGAAUCAAACCCCAGCAGAUACCAAGGCCCCACUGUAUUUGAGACUUGGCUCUAAACUGCGAUGAAGGCUCAAGUUAAGCAUGACAGUGGAGUUUAUCACAUGAAGGAGAUCGGGAGUUUAUCCCGUGAAUAUCCCAGAAAAAUAGCAUAAUUAUGCAAAACGAUUUCUCACAACGUCACACUUAAAGCUGCCAUUAAAGUAGUCACAAAGAAGCAUUAACAUGCAUCAUUUUAGUUUUGGGAUUUUAGCGACAAUGCAUUUCCAGUCUCACUUUAUUUGUGCAAUUGUGUGUGAUAAUCAUUCGCGCAAUUACUUGCCAUUUUUGUUUUAUUUGUGGGAUGAUUAAAAUGCACUUUAAUCUUUAAUGCUGAAAUUAGCCCCAGUAUGAUAAACGUCUGUCGAUCUAAAUUUUGCAAUGAGACAAAAUUGUUGUGUAGCUGCUGAUUUCUAGUUUGGGAGACAAGGGAAUGAAUUUGUCUCCCACUUUUCAUAAAGAGAUGUUGGUUUGGAAACUAUUUAACUUCUGCUACUAAGAUAUCAAUAUCCCUUUUAGAAAGGAAACCCAUGUGUGACCUAUAGUAAGAAUGUAAAAUGAGAGGCAAUCUGCAAUUUGGCCAUGUGGGAGAGGCAGAGGCAUACUUCUCCGACUGCUUGAUUUCUGGAUAACCUUUCCUCUAGUAGAAGGAAUGCUUCGGGGAAGCAAGACUUGCACAAGUCACAGCCAUGACUGAGGCUCUCGUAUCAUAUUCGCUAGUAGGAGCAGACAUAGCUUCAAUACAGGGCAUAGAUAUAGUAUCAGUUACCCAAGCUAACAUUAAAACUGCAAAACUGUGCAAGACUUUAUAAACUGAGCCAGAAGAGAGCUAAUAAAGGCAGAUGCCUGCACCAAUCCA